AUGGCAUUGAAACGAAUUCAUAAGGAGCUUGUCGACUUUGGAAAAGAACAUCCAGCUUUGUGUAAUGCAGGCCCAGUCGGGGAGGACCUCUGGAAUUGGCAAGCAACCAUUACUGGGCCUCCAAAUUCGCCUUAUCAAGGAGGAGUGUUUUACUUAAACAUUAACUUCCCGCAAGAUUAUCCGUUUAAACCUCCACAGAUUAGCUUCAAAACACAGAUUUACCAUCCAAAUAUUGACAACGGGGGAUGUAUUUUUUGGACAUUCUUAAACAUAAAUGGACGCCGGCAUUGA